AUGCUGGUCAGCGUUCACGCAGGAUGAGUUUCUUUGAUCCAAUUGGAUAUUUGGAGUGCAGCAAGGAAGUGUUAACUAGCAGUUUUCUUUAUGAAAUUUCAGAGAAGUUUGUUGAUGCUAUUGGAGAGUCCAGUGUGCAUGUUUUUCAAUGGAUCCAACUGAGAAAAUCUGAGAACUAUCCGAUUGUCUAUUAACCUGGACUUGUGGAAUGUGAUUGUGAACCAUCAUCUUGAGAUCUUCAGGUGUUGUAGCUGACCUUGCGGAUCUGAUUUGUUGCAUUGUUUUGUGACUGUGAUUUUUGUACAUUGUGUAUGAUGUCGACUGAAGCAUUUCCUCUGAGUGGGGCACAGAUAGCCUUGUGUCGUCUGGUUCAUCACGGCCCCAGACCACAAGCCACGCUGAGACCUCUGAACCAGGAGCUCGGGCUCUAUGUUGAGAAGACACGCACCAAACCUAAAUGCAGGAUGGAGGCAUCUUGUCUGGAGCUGGCGCUGGAAGGGGAGAGACUGUGUAAAGCUGGAGAUUUUAAAGGCGGUACAGCCUUCUUUGAAGCUGCUGUUCAGGUGGGAACAGAAGAUCUCAAGACUCUCAGUGCCAUUUACAGCCAGCUGGGUAACGCUUACUUCUACCUGAAGGAGUAUGGCAAAGCCCUGGAGUACCAUCGGCACGACCUCACGCUCGCCCGGACAAUCGGGGACCGGAUCGGGGAGGGGAAAGCCAGCGGGAAUCUGGGAAACACUCUGAAGGUUUUGGGCCGGUAUGAUGAAGCAGUUGUGUGCUGUCAGAGACACCUAGACAUUUCUCAAGAACAAGGAGACAAGGUCGGCGAGGCCAGGGCUCUGUAUAACAUGGGGAACGUGUUUCAUGCCAAAGGAAAGCAGCAGCUGUGGGGCAUCUCACAGGACCCUGGAGAGCUUCCUCCUGACGUCAGAGACACGCUGCAGCGAGCCACGGCUUUCUAUGAGAUGAAUCUCUCUCUGGUAAAGGAGUUGGGAGACCGAGCAGCGCAGGGAAGAGCCUUCGGUAACCUCGGCAACACUCAUUACCUGCUGGGUAAUUUCGUUGAGGCCAUCAAGUUCCACAGAGAGCGUCUCUCCAUUGCAAAGGAGUUUGGCGACAAGGCUGCUGAGCGCAGAGCAUACAGUAACCUAGGCAACGCUCUCAUUUUCCUUGGCCAGUUCAAUGCAGCCACAGACUAUUACAGGAAAACUCUGCAGCUCUCUCGGCAGCUGAAGGAUCAGGUGAUGGAAGCUCAAGCAUGUUACAGUCUGGGAAACACGUACACGCUGCUGCAGGAGUAUGGACGAGCCAUAGAUUAUCACCUCAAACACCUGCUCAUCGCUCAGGAGCUCAGUGACAGGGUCGGGGAGGGCCGGGCCUGCUGGAGUUUGGGCAACGCUUACGUGUCAUUGGAAAACUACCGUCAGGCUCUGCACUACACUCGGAAACACCUGGACAUCUCCAGAGAGAUCGGGGACAGGAAUGGAGAGAUGACGGCCAGGAUGAAUGUGGAGGAGCUGAUGGAGGCUCUCGGGGUGAAGGACGCCGAUCUCUCACCGUCUGAAUCUGAGUUUAAAGUGCAGGGAGCCAGACCCAAGUUCACCAAGAAGAAUAGCAUGGACAGUGUUGACUUGUGGAAAUACAGCUCUGAAAAGAAUGGAGAUGCUCCAGAUGUUGAUGGUGUUUCAAGGAGGUCGAGGAACCAGCUGUUUCAGUCCAGCAGAAGCAAAAGUUACGCGGACAGUCAGUCGUCAGAUGAAAGACAGUGGCUCGACUCACCUGUGGACAUGGAUGACAUCACUGUUCACGUCACACCUCCAAAACUGGCUCGUGACGCAUCAGAUGAGGACUGUUUCUUUGACCUGUUGAGUAAGUUUCAGAGCAGCCGUAUGGAUGACCAGCGCUGUCAGCUGGACGAGCCGUCCGAUGGAGAGAACACAGGAGGAGCAGAUCGAAACACACUGAAUGACAUGAUUGUUCAGUCACAACAUGCCAGUCUGCUGACGUCUCCUCAGACCGAAGAACUGUUCGAUUUGAUUGCCAGCUCUCAGAGCCGCCGUCUGGAUGAUCAGAGGGUGAGCGUCAGUAACCUGCCUGGACUCAGAAUUACCCACAAUAACCUGGGCCACCUGUGUGGAGACAGCGACCCUCAGGAGCCCAGCGAUGACUUCUUCAACAUGCUCAUAAAGUGCCAGUCAUCCAGGAUAGAUGACCAGCGCUGCUCUCCUCCUGAAGGGGGUCCACGGGCCCCAACCGUCCCAGACGAGGAUUUCUUCAGCCUAAUACAGAGAGUUCAGGCCAAACGAAUGGACGAGCAACGUGUUCAUCUCCCUUCUGACGAACAGGAGCUGGACGAGGACGAGGACGAGAGAGAGCCAGGGGUCGCAGACUCCUGAGGAAACCCGCGGCCAAAUGACAAAAGAGAGAAAGGACGUUUCAUGGGGAACGUUUUGGAUGGACUUUUUCAUGAGAUGAGGAAAUGUGCACAAAGAGAAAUCACAAGUGCCAUCUCAGUAUACGGUGCAGUUUUACGCCUCAUGUGCUUUACAGCCAAUGAUACAUGAAGUUUGAUAGAGUUUAUAAUGAUGCAUUGGGACGCAUCUCUGAAUCAGUGAUUGUGUUGUUCAUUUGCAAACACUGCCUGCACUGUUUUAGCACCUGAUCAACAAAAGAAACUUUACAAAUCAGGUGCAAACACUGCAAAAAAAAAAAA